AUGGCAAUUGCUAUUGAAGAGAUAUUUUCGAAUUCUCAUCAUCGUUUGUGUCUUUGGCAUAUAAUGAAAAAACUACCAGCAAAGUUAGGUGGUCAUGCUCAAUAUAAAAUGAUAAAGAAACAAUUGAAGAAUAUUGUUUACAACUCGCUUACUGUUGAUGAAUGUGAUGAGAGAUGGAUGACAAUGAUUGACCAUUUUAAUUUGGAGAACAAUGACUGGUUGAAAUCUUUGUAUGAACAACGGAAUAAAUGGAUACCUGUGUACGUCAAAGAUAAGUUUUGGGCAGGUAUGUCCACAUCUCAAAGGAGUGAAAGUAUGAAUGCUUUUUUUGAUGAAUAUGUUCAUUCCAAAACUUCUUUGAAGCAAUUUGUUGAACAGUAUGAUAAUGCUCUGAAAAAGAAGAUUGAAAAAGAAAAAUAUUUGGAUUUUGGUUCAUUUAAUUCAAUGAUACCAGUAAUUACUGGUUAUCCUAUUGAAAGACAAUUUCAAAGUUUCUACACUAACAACUUAUUUAAGUUGUUCCAAGAUGAGAUAAGAGAGUUGAUGUUUUGCAAUACCUCACUAGUGAGGCAAGAAGGGGUUGCUUUUAUAUUUGAAGUGGUAGAAACUUUGUUGGGAAAAAAUGGAGACUCUAUAAGAGAUGCUUCAUUCAGGGUGAUUGAAGUUCCUAUGAAUUAUAUUAUGGAUCGAUGGCGCAAAGAUAUUAAGUGUGGUUAUCAAAGUAUCACUAAUAUUUAUGAUGAAUAUGUUUGUGAUGAAGAAAGACAUCGGUAUAAUAUUCUCACUCCAUUGAUACAAGAGGUUCAACAACUUGGAGCAAAUAAUGAUGACAGUUGUUCUAUUUUGGUUAAAAUCUUAAAAGAUGCGAAGGAAAAAUUGAUUGCUAUUCAGACAGAUCAUUCAAGGGUGGACCAACUGAAAGAAACAUCUACAUCGAGUUCAAAAACAAUACACUCUCCAUUAAAAGUACGAUCUCGAGGUCGUCCACCCACAAAGAGGAAACAAUCUAAGAUUGAACAAAUUGUGAAGAAAUAUGUUGCAAAGGCCAGAAAAAAAGUCAUCCAGGGCCCAACGAUGAGUGUAGAAGAGCUCAACAACAUGGAAAAUGGCAAGCAUGAUUCCCUUGUACAUUCUGAUGGUGAAAAAAAAUUUGAAGACUCAUCUGGAGACUAA